GACUUUCGUUCGUCCAUAUUCAGUCCAUAUUUUUUAUACUUCAUCUUCUUGCUCAUGCUUUAGGUCUCAUUCACUCAAAAAUGGCGUUUCUUCUGAAACCCUCACACCGCAAUUUCAACUCCUCCAUCACACGCUUCUUCUCUUCAAUCUCUUCACAAACCCAAAACGACGCCGAAUUAAUCUCCAAAAUACUCCUAACACACCACAACCCUUACCACUUCACAGAAUCUUCCCUUCAACUCAAUGGCAUAACCCUAACCCCAAUUCUCUUAACCCAAACCCUAACUCUCCUCAAACACCACUCCAAAAUCGCUCUUUCCCUUCACAAUUUCUCCAAAUCUCUCCCAAACCCACCUCUCUCUCUUCAAUCCUACAAUCUCCUCAUUGAUAUUGUCUCCAAAGUUCAUCAAUUCGACCUCGCUUCGCAACUCAUUGUUGAAAUGGACCAAAUUAACCUCCCUCCUACACCCACCACUUUUUUCAUCCUCAUUAAAAGACUUAUCUCUGCUAAUUUAACCCGUCAAGCCGUUCGCGCUUUCAAUGAAAUCGAAUCGUAUACAGAUACUAAAUUAACAUCAGACCAUUUCACUUACUUGCUUGACACGUUAUGUAAGUAUGGUUACGUUAAACACGCUUGCGAGUUGUUUAACAGAAAUUCUAAUAGAUUUGUAGCUGAUGUCAAAAUGUAUACUGUUUUGAUAUAUGGUUGGUGUAAGAUUGGAAGGUUUAAGACGGCAUUGUCGUUUUUGAAUGAGAUGAAGGUGAAAGGAGUUGAACCAAAUGUUGUUACUUAUAAUGUGAUAUUGAAUGGGAUAUGUCGAAAGGCAAGUUUGCAUCCGGAGGAGAGAUUUGAGAGGACUAUAAGGGAUGCAGAGAAGGUGUUUGAUGAAAUGCGUGAGAGUGGGAUUGAGCCGGAUGUGACUAGCUUUUCGAUUGUUUUGCAUGUUUAUAGUAGGGCGCAUAAGCCGCAGUUGGUUUUGGAUAAGUUGGGUUUGAUGAAGGAGAAAGGGAUUUGUCCGAAUGUGGUCACUUAUACGUCGGUGAUUAAGUGUCUUUGUUCGUGUGGGAGGAUUGAAGAGGCGGAGGAUUUGAUUGAUGAGAUGGUGAGGAAUGGUGUGAGUCCUUGUGCUGCGACGUAUAAUUGUUUCUUUAAGGAGUAUAGAGGGAGGAAGGAUGCAGAUAAGGCUUUGAAGUUUUUUAAGAAGAUGAAGGAGGAUGGGUUGUGUGAGCCGACGACACAUACCUAUGGGGUUUUGAUUGCCAUGUUUUUGAAGGCGGAUAUGAUUGGUGUUGUUAAGGAGAUUUGGAAUGAUAUGAUGGAGAGUGGGGUUGGACCGGAUUUAGAUUCGUAUACGGUUUUGAUACAUGGGUUGUGUGAGAGCAAGAAAUGGAGGGAGGCUUGCCAAUAUUUUGUUGAGAUGAUAGAAAAGGGGUUUCUUCCUCAGAAAGUUACAUUUGAGACACUAUAUAGAGGUCUCAUUCAGUCUGAUAUGUUGAGGACUUGGAGGAGAUUGAAGAAGAGGCUUGAUCAAGAGUCCAUAACAUUUGGUUCAGAGUUUCAAAAUUAUCAUUUGAAGCCAUAUAAGAGAUGAGCUACAGCUACUAUUGUUACACAUGAGGAGGUUGAGUCAGAGAAGAAAAAACACAUAAUGGGAUGGUUCUCUGUCUGAGGUGUUUUCAUGGUUGUGCACUUGUGCUGUUUUAUUAGCUUUUCUAAAACAUUGAGAUGGUUCUAUACCGAUGGGUCUGGGAUCCUCACAUAUACACAUACUACAAGAAUAAAUGGAGUUGUAUUGAAAGCAAGGCACAAACUUGUCAUCCACAUAACUUAUUACUCCUUCCCAAUAACUUACAAGCUCUUCCUUUUAUAGAAAGAGUUACAGAUAUUGACAAUUGUUAAAUUAUACAAGAUUCACGACAAAUUUUUAGUUUCAUGGAUUUCAAGAUACAUCAAUAUUAUGUCUAGUCUGCAGUCAAAAGAUUGAAAAUUAUGCUUGUAGAAUAUUAACGUGUCUUGAGACCCACAGAAAGUCUAUCAGGUUGUCACAAUAUUGUAUUAUGAAGUAUUGUUGGUAUGCAUAACUCUUCCUUUAAGUGCUGGUGAUCCACGGUUUGCAUUGGAUGGUCUACCUUCAAGAAGAACAAGGGUAGGGAUUGUGAGGGGUACAUUUUAAGAAAAGAGGAUAAGGUGUCAUUUGGAAUGAGAAAGAGAAUUGGAAAUCUCUUGAAGUGAGCACAAAGCAUGAUGUUUGAGGAGACGAAGCAUCAAUGAAAAAGAGGCAUUCUAAAAUAAGAAAAUCCAAGUUCUAGCUAGUUUGACGAAGGCUGAGCAUCGAAAGCCCCCUUGCAAUUGGAAGGCUAUGACAACAGAACAUACUUGAAGGAUAUUGGAUAUCUGAAUUGGUUGCAUGAAUUUAAUACUCGUUUGGAUUUAGGUUUUAUGUUUGGUUGAUGAUGGCCAUGUUUCUCUGAAUGUUUAUCCAUUUUUGGCUCUAUGAUGUCUUCAUUAGGUUUACUCUUUUUGAACUUGUGUUCAUAUUUUGUUUCGUGUCUAUUUUGUAGUCCUUGAGAUCCUUUACAUAUCUGAUGUAUAUGGUAGGGGGAGCUUGGUUAAUUUGCCUUGUUAACUUUAGAAAUAUCCACAUUAUAUUUGGCCGUGAUAAAUACAUAUGAUAUGCCUUUAGCCUGA